AGGGCUUUCUAAAUAAACAUGAGGAAGUUGGCGAUCUUCAGGUUGGAAUAAGGGGGUAAAGGAGGAAACUUUUAGAGUUUCCUCCUUCAAUCACACAACUUAUCAAAUUCAUUGAAUGAUUAUUAUCCAUUAGUCCCAAGGAAAUAUUUCUAUUUAGGACUUAAUUUUUUCCCUGUUUGCAUAGUUAAAUAAGAAACAUGGAUUCGAAAAAGGGAGAGGACGACACAAGCAAUAAAAUUUCUUCAGAUGUUAAGUUAGGACAAUCAGGUCGUAAAUUAAAGACGUUGGGGAGCUUCAAUGGGGAGGACAUGUUCGUUAGAGCUGAUAAGAUUGAUUUGAAGAGUUUAGAUAUCGCACUCGAGAAGAAGCUGUCCAAAGUGUGGCUCAAGAGUGGUUCUUUGUCUCAGAAAUUGCCAAAGGAGGAGUGGGAGAUAGAUCCAUCUAAGCUCAGUAUAAGGUAUGUGGUAGCGAAGGGGACUUAUGGCACAGUAUAUCGAGGCACAUAUGAUGGACAAGAUGUCGCAGUGAAGUUGUUGGACUGGGGGGAAGAUGGGUUUGCUACUGAUGCGGAAACUGCUGCUCUUCGAGCAUCAUUCCGCCAGGAAGUUGCUGUUUGGCAAAAACUUGAUCAUCCAAAUGUUACUAGGUUUGUUGGUGCAUCUAUGGGGACUUCUGAUCUUAAGAUUCCUCAAACUAAUUCAUCAAGCAGUGGGGACAGUAUUCCGGCUCGAGCAUGUUGUGUUGUUGUAGAGUUUCUUGCUGCAGGGACAUUGAAGCAAUAUCUGAUAAAGAAUCGGCGAAAGAAGCUUGCUUAUAAGAUUGUAAUUCAGCUUGCAUUGGAUCUUGCAAGAGGAUUAAGCUACCUACACUCCAAGAAAAUUGUUCACCGAGAUGUCAAAUCAGAAAAUAUGUUGUUGAAUGGCCAUAGAGUCGUUAAAAUUGCUGACUUUGGGGUAGCUCGUGUUGAAGCGCAGAAUCCCAGGGAUAUGACUGGUGCAACUGGAACACUUGGAUAUAUGGCUCCUGAGGUCCUUGAUGGGAAGCCGUACAACCGAAAAUGUGACGUUUACAGCUUUGGCAUAUGCUUGUGGGAGAUCUACUGCUGUGACAUGCCAUACUCUAAUCUCAGCUUUGCUGAGGUUUCAUCUGCUGUUGUUCGACAUAACUUAAGGCCAGAGAUCCCUCGAUGUUGCCCAAGCGCACUGGCAAAUAUCAUGCGCAAGUGUUGGGAUGCAAACCCUAACAAGAGGCCUGACAUGGAUGAAGUUGUGAGGCUUCUUGAGGCUAUUGACACGAGCAAAGGAGGUGGCAUGAUACCUGAUGACCAACUUGGUGGAUGCUUCUGCUUUGUUCACUCUAGGGGCCAAUCAGUCCUAAAAUCAUCAAGAAAUCUUGAUUUGAAAACAACUAAUACUACUGUUCCUUUGAAUUCUGGAUCGAUUUCAGAAAAUGUUUUUGUUCCAUUGAUUUUAGCUGAUAAUUUGGAAAAUGCUAACAUUCUAGAAUCUCUUGCCAACUCUAAUUCUAAGGUAGAGUCAGUUCAAGAAAAGAAUGCUAAGAAAUGUUGGGUGAGUUUAUUUGCUGAUAAUAGAAAAGUUGGUAGUGGCAUGGAUCUCAGCUACUCUCCCUAUACAGUUGAUGAUGGUACUGUGAGUUUUAAUGAAGAUGAAUGGAAUGAGGGUGCUUCUAUUCGGAAAUUUUCUCUUGUGGGAAAAGUUCUUGGUAUAAGUGUUAAGUUUAAAGCAAUGAAAAAUUUUGUGAAGAAAGUUUGGGCAAACCUGACAAUUCCUGAAUUUUGUCUUCUCAAGGCAGGUGUAUUUCUUUUCAAAUUCAGGAAUGUUGAAAAUAUGAAUGAUGUUCUUACAAAUGAUCCGUGGUUCUUUGGUUCUAGACCACUUUUAUUAAAACCAUGGUCUAUUGGUGAGGACAUUGAAAAUGUAAAUGAAUGCAUUUACCCUAUUUGGAUUCAACUGCCAGCACUUAAGCUUAACCUAAGAAAUUCUAAGAGUAUAAGUAAAAUAGCUAGUGCAAUUGGUCGUCCUAUAUCUACUGAUAAACUCACAGCUAGUAGGCAAAGAUUGGCCUAUGCAAGGAUACUAGUUGAAGUAAAAGUGCCCUUCUCUCUUCCUGAUCAUAUAUUAAUUCAAGGGCCUGAUGGAAAGAAAUUCACUCAAAAGGUGAUUUAUGAGUUGAAGCCAAAGUGGUGUGAUUACUGUAAAAUAUUAGGCCAUGGCACAAAAAAUUGUAGGAGACAACCUAUGCAGAGAUGGAUACCUAAACAAAAAAUGGUCUCGGCUAAUGGUGACAGAAAUCCUGCUGACCAUGUUGCUCAUGAUUUGGUGUCUAGAAACAUUAGUAGACUUGAAGAAGAUAUUGGUUUACAAAAUUUAGAUAAGCACUCCAGUGUGAUUGGACAGAGUUCUGAGAUUUUGGAAAAAGAAGGUAUGGUUGCACAAGCUAAAAUGGAUUAUGUGUCUGUUGAACAGUGUUCUGUGCAUGAUGCACAAGCUGUUCUGAGCUCAGUUCAUGCUGUUUUUGGGUUUAUUGCAUAG